AGGGUGCUCACGGAGCUGCAGCUGACCUACGAGUCUUCCUUACCAACAUUAUGCUCCAGCUCCUGCUUGGAUUUACUCUUGGCAAUGUGGUGGGAAUGUAUCUGGCUCAGAACUAUGACAUACCAAACCUGGCUAAAAAACUUGAAGAAAUUAAAAAGGACGUGGAUGCCAAGAAGAAACCCCCUAGUUCAUGAGGCCGACUCCAGCACUGCCUCCUGGAUAAACUGAUUCUACUGUUCUUGAGGGCCUCCUUUACCAUCUGAACCAAAAGCUUUUGUUUUCAUCUCCAGCCUCAGCAAUUUUCUUCUUUGCUAGACCCUGCAUUGCCUUACAGCACAAAUGGGGCCACAAGUUAAGAACAGCCCUUACUUUUCCAACAUCCUCACUUCUUCCCUUCCUCCUUCCAGCCACUUGGGAGGUCCUGAGAAUGGAAUUAUGGUGCUAGAUUAGUAAACAUGACCUUUAAUUAGUAGUCUCUCCCUUAUUCUUUGGGAUUUCUACUACCGUUUUCAAAAGAAAAAUUGAUGAGUUUUGUAUAGCUGAUGAGAUAUAAAUAAUGCUGAUUUCACAGUCUAGAAAUUAUAUUGGGUGUUUAAACCUUUGGUACUAAAUUAUGUUGUUUCAAGGUAGUAAUUAAAAUGAAAAUCUAGAAGCCAGUUUCUGGUGAGUUAUCCACUAAUUUUAUGUUGUUGUCAGGAAGCUCCAUAGUUGCUAAUUUAACCAAUAAAUCAAUUUGCUAUUCAUUAACCAAGAAACUCUGUUCUGAGAACCCCAUCAGGAACUGGGGAAUUGAAAAGUAUUUAAAGUAAUGGCCUUUGUCCUCAGUAGAAUUCAUAGUCUAGUAUGCAUGUUUUUUCCUAAUGAUGCAUUUGAUCUGGCUCUGUUCUCUCAUAAGAAUCAUACUUAUUUUAUGGGAUUACAGGCACAUUUGACUUUACAUGGUAGAUAAAUGAGAAGUUGUCUAUAAAGGAAAUUUUAUGCCUUUUUACAUUAAAAAAGGUAUUUAAA